CUUCCAGCUCGCGGCUACUUAUCCUUGCAUUCGUCUCAAAACUCUGCCCUCUUUUCGCAGAGAUACACUCAAAAUGGCGCCCAAGAAACAACAGAAGAUGUCUUUGAACGAGUUCCUGGGUGAUAGCGCCCUGGGCUCCUGGGCAGAUGAGAUGGACGCCCUUCCGACCGCUCCUGCAGCCCGCGCAGACGGCGACAACGGCCGGCCUGAUCGCAGGAGGGAUGACUUCUUGUCUUCUAGACAGGAUCGCGGCUUGGGUCCUGUGAGGGAAGACCUCCCCCUGCCCACCGAGCCGCCCUACACGGCCUUCAUAGGCAAUCUUGCGUUCGAUCUCACCGAGAGCGAGCUCGAGGAAUUCUUCCCCGGAAUCUCGACCAAGUCCGUCAAAAUCAUCCGGGACAGAGACGACAAGCCGAAGGGCUUCGGUUACAUCGAAUUCGUCGAUCUCGACGGUCUGAAGGAGGCACUCGCCAUGUCUGGAACGUCCUUUGCUGGGCGCGCCAUUCGCGUCAGUGUCGCCGAGCCUCCAAAGGAGCGAUCUGGGUUUGGCGGCGGCGGCUUCGACGACGAGAAGUUCGCUGGUCCCUGGCGGCGUGAUGGGCCGCUGCCCGACCUCCCUUCCGAUCGCGACGGCCCCCGCAGACGCCUCGACGGGCCCGGCACACGCGAGCCCGCGCCGCCGUCUGUCUCUGACACCACGUCCGACUGGCGCUCCGCGUCGCGCGGACCGGUGCGGUCUUCCACCGCGUCCUCGCUCGACUCUGACCCCGGUGCCAAACGUCGCUCGACCUUCCGUGAAGGUGCGACCACCGGCGCCGACACCGAGGAGACGUGGACGAUCGGCGCCAAGUUCCGCCCCAGCGCUCCCGCUGAGCCUGCGGGCCGCUUCGGGGCCGGUCGCGGCCGCGGCGACAUGGGCCCACCGCGCGACGCGCAGACCCCACCCGAUGAGGGCGACUGGCGCCGCCCAUCCGCUAUCUCGCGCAACAGUACCUCCCCAAGUAGCUCGACGCCGCCGACGCCUCAGAUGGGACGCCGCAAGCUUGAGCUGCUGCCCCGCUCGUCCAGCGGCGCGUCGGCCACGCCGUCGCCCCUCGCCUCGCCCAACCCAUCGACCCAGGGCAGCGCGCAGCGGUCGAACCCCUUCGGUGCGGCUAAGCCCGUAGACACGGUUGCGAAAGAGCUGGCGGUUUCUGAGCGCCUUGAGAAGGAACGUGAGUUGACGAAGGACCGCGUGGUGCACACCAUGUCGCGGACUUCAUCGCGGCAAGCGUCGCAUCGUGGUGUGCCGCGGACAACACCGCCGGUCUCGUCCGUUACGAGCCCGACGUCGCCGAACGCAGAGCUCCACAAGAACGCCGCGCCCAGUCCCUCAGCGAGCGCGAACGUCCGACCGUCGUUCAGCUUCGCCCACGCCGCGGCGAGCAAGAAGGAUGCUGCAAGUGAGAGUGGUGAUACCGUAGAAGAAGUGACGGAGAAGAUCGACGAGGUCCAAAUCUAAACACACUAUGGCCCCAACAAAAGCAAGGCGACCCGGAGAUGUGUUUGCUGCAUUGCUCUUCGGUAUUAAUGGGAAACGGUCGGUGCACUAUGUUCGUAUUCAUACUUCUUGUCUGUUCACACUAGUAUGUUUUAUAUUAUGUAUGUUUCUCCUGGUGCUGGAGAUUGGUCGUCGUAUGUACAUUCCCCUGACCCGUCUGCACGCUCAUCUAGACGUGAGCCACAACCCUCACUCUACUACUUUUUGUGACUAUUAUUUUGUCAGCAGCGCCUAGAGUAGAGUGUAU